AUGCCAGAAUGGAGACCCUGCAGUAUGAAACUAAAGACCUAUACAGGGGAAAGGAUGGAAGUGCUGGGUCAAGCUACAGUAACGGUGGAAAUCCAAAAUGUAAAAAAAGAAAACAAUGGAGAGGGGCCUAACUUGUUGGGACGAAGCUGGCUGAAAGACUUUGGGCUGUUGCUACAGCUGGUAAAUCAAGUAACAGCAGUGCCGACAUGGAAGAUAGCAGAUGUGUUAGAUAGACACGCAGAGUUGUUUAAAGAAGAGCUGGGGCAGCUCAAAGGCACCACAGCUAAAAUUUAUGUCAACCCCGAGGCCCAACCACGAUUCUUUAAGCCCAGACGUAUUCCUUUUGCAGUCAAGCCCUUGGUGGAGGCUGAGCUCCAGAGACUGGUUGAGGAGAAAAUUAUUGAACCAGUGCAGUUUGCGGAGUGGGCAGCUCCUAUAGUGCCGGUGAGGAAACCAGAUGGCUCUAUUCGAAUUUGUGGAGAUUAUAAACUCACAGUAAAUAGAGCAUCCAGUGUGGAACAAUAUCCCAUUCCAAAAGUGGAAGAUUUGUUCACUCAGUUAGCUGGAGGUCAGAAAUUUUCCAAACUGGACAUGAGCCAUGCGUAUCAGCAAAUUAUGCUGGAUGAAAGUGCAAAGAAAUAUGUCACUGUUAACACACACAAGGGACUGUAUACAUACUGUAGACUACCUUUUGGGGUGGCAUCAAGUCCAGCACUAAAAUCGAGUGGAUUGAGACUAAAAAUGAGCAAAUGUGAGUUCCUGGGAGAGGAAGUGGUAUUCCUGGGCCAUGGCAUCAGUGCUGCAGGCGUGCAGCCAGUCGCAGAAAAGGUGCAAGCGAUACAGGAAGCCCCCAUUCCACAGACAGUGAGUGAACUGAAGGCUUAUCUAGGCUUGUUAAACUAUUAUCAUAAGUUUCUGCCCAGUCUGUCCACCGUGUUGGCACCCUUGCACAGGUUGUUGAAGAAGGAAACAAAGUGGACAUGGGGCUCUGAGCAGGAAGAAUCUUUUGAGAAGUCAAAAGAGCUUCUCCAGUCAUCUGCUUUACUAGUGCACUACGAUCCUACCAAACCUCUUAUCUUGGCGUGUGAUGCUUUGCCAUAUGGGGUAGGGGCUGUUUUGUCUCACAGGAUGGAAGACGGGACUGACAGACCAAUAGGAUUUGUAUCACGGACCUUAAAUGCAGCAGAAAGGAAUUACUCGCAAUUGGAUAAGGAGGGUUUGGCCGUCCUGUUCGGGGUAAAGAAAUUCCACACAUAUGUGUAUGGCAGACCCUUUACCAUUGUGACUGAUCACAAGCCCCUGAUAGCACUGUUUAAUGAGCUCAGAGAAAUGCCACAGAUGGCUUCUCCACGUAUUCAAAGAUGGGCUGUGACUUUAGGGGGGUAUGAGUACACUAUUGUGUAUCGAGCAGGGCGUGAGCAUCAAAAUGCUGAUGGGCUGAGCCGGUUGCCACUGUUGGAAAAAGGAGUGGAAACCCCAGCAGAGGAGGAGAGAGUGCUACUGUUGGACGAGAAUGAUGUUUCAUUGGUUAAAGCAGAGCAGGUGGAAAAAUGGACUGUUAAAGAUCCUGUGUUGGCUCGAGUAAGGGAGUACGUGCUUAGAGGAUGGCCCAAGACAGUGGAGGAUCCAGCUUUUGGAGUAUACCUUAAAAAACAGGAUGAACUGAGUGUCCAGGGAGGAUGUGUAUUGUGGGGUGCCCGCGUAGUAAUUCCACCCCAAGGCCGGGCAGCCAUACUCCGACAGUUACACAGUGGCCAUCCAGGCAUAACCAGAAUGAAAGGGUUGGCACGGAGCUAUGUAUGGUGGCCCCAGAUGGAUGCUGCUGUGGAAGGUCUGGUAAAAGCAUGUACCAGAUGUCAGGAGAGCAGGAACACCCCUCCUUGUGCACCCUUACACCCUUGGGAAAUUCCACAGCUGCCAUGGAAAAGGAUCCAUAUUGAUUAUGCUGGGCCGUGGCAAGGAAAAAUGUUCCUGAUUCUGGUGGAUGCGUACUCUAAAUGGAUAGAGGCGUUUCCUUUGAAUAAUUCUACAUCUGCUGUUACCAUCCAGUGCCUGAGACAAAGUUUUAGCCAGCAUGGGUUACCGGAAAUAGUGGUGUCGGACAAUGGCAGUUGUUUCACGAGUAAGGAAUUUCAGGAAUUCAUGAGUCGUAAUGGCAUCAAGCACAUAACCACGGCACCAUACCAUGCAGCUUCUAAUGGUUUGGCUGAACGAGCUGUGCAAACGUUCAAGAGUCUGAUGAAAAAGAGCACAGGAGAUUCCAUUGAGGCCAGGCUAGCUAGAGUGUUGUUCAGUUAUCGAAUUACACCACAGUCGACUACGGGAAAAUCACCUGCAGAGCUGUUGUGUGGACGCAAACUGAGGUCUACCCUGGAUCUUGUUCAUCCUGACUUUAAAAGUCAAGUGCAAAACAAGCAAUUGAAGCAGAAGUGGUAUCAUGAUCUGCAUGCAAAAGAGAGACAUGUGAGUGUUGGUGAAAAUGUGUAUACCAAGAACUUCAGUUUAGGACCUACCUGGAUUCCAGGAACAGUGCAGAAAAGGACAGGACCCUUGUCGUAUACCAUCGCACUUGGUAAUGGCCAGGUAGUGCGUCGGCACAUUGAUCAGGUGAGGACCAGACAGGUGGCAUCUCCGGCUGAAACAGCUGUGGGGUUGGAUACUUCCUUGCAAGAGUUGGAGGAGUGGCCAUUGCCUGAAUCAGUAGACCCUGUACCAUCAGGGAACAGUGUUGGACAGCAGGCAAGUGGAAUGACACCCGAGGUUAUGGUGUCAGGGACUGUGAAGGCAGAGGAGCAGCCGGAACUCAGAAGGUCUGCGAGGACAAAGAAGUUGCCCAGUUACUUAAAAGACUAUGCUUAG